GUAGCAUCAGUCAUGACAUCAGUUAUAGGUUUUGGGGGACCUCACUUUUUUGGGUUGAGUUCCGAGAGUAAGCCUCGGUUUAGAGUGCAAGGUAGAAGUUUAAGUAAUCAGGAUGCAUCAGUUUUGUCUUCAGAUUCAGUUGUAGUGAAUGGAGCUUCUGUAGUUGGGGAGAGGGAGGGAAGUAGGCCUUUAGUUGAUCAAGGGAAUGGCAGUUUGAGGCAUAAGGUUAAGGAGAAACAGAAGAUAGAAGAUGGUGUUCUUGAAAGUUUGGAACCUUUGUGGGAUGACGGGUAUGGGACUGUGACUGUAAAGGAUUAUUUCGAUGCAAAUGAGCAGAUGAUUAAGCCUGAUGGUGGUCCUCCCCGAUGGUUCAGCCCCCUUGCGUUUAACCCUCCAUUGAAGGGUUCUCCAGUUCUUUUGUUUUUGCCUGGGCUGGAUGGUACUGGCUGGGGACUCAUUUUGCAUCAUAAAGCUCUUCAGAAGGUCUUUGAAGUUCGAUGCUUGCAUAUUCCAGUUAACGAUCGAACACCGUUUGAAGGGCUGGUGAAAUUGGUUGAAGAAACUAUUAGGCUCGAGCAUGCUUCAUCUCCCAACAAGCCAAUAUAUUUGGUAGGAGAUUCUUUUGGAGGAUGCCUCUCACUUGCUGUGGCUGCACGUAAUCCUACCAUUGACCUCGUACUGGUACUAGUCAACCCAGCAACAUCCAUUGAGAGGUCUCAGUUGCAACCUCUCUUCCCAAUCUUGGAGGCUAUGCCUGAAGAAUUACAUAUUACAGUUCCCUAUCUUCUCAGCUUUGUUAUGGGUGAUCCUACAAAAAUGGCAAUGGUGAACAUCAAAAGUAGGCUUCCUCCAGGUUUAAAACUUGCGCAAAUGUCUCAGAACCUCACUGCUUUGCUACCAUGUCUCUCUUCCUUGGCCGAUAUUAUACCAAGGGAAACUCUUCUUUGGAAGCUGAAGCUGCUCAAAUCAGCUGCUGGUUAUGCAAAUUCCCGUCUCCAUGCUGUCAAAGCUGAAGUACUUGUGUUGGCUAGUGACAAGGAUAACAUGGUUCCUAGUCAAGAUGAAGCGGGCCGAUUAAGGAGCGCAUUACAGAACUGUACAGUUCGUCACUUCCCAGACAAUGGGCAUACCCUAUUACUGGAAGAUGGGGUUAAUUUGUUGACAGUAAUAAAAGGUACUCUCAAAUAUCGACGUUCGAGGAAGCGUGAUAGUUUCUCAGAUUUUCUUCCUCCUAGUAUGACAGAAUUCAACAAUACAUUUGAUGAAACAGUCGGAUUGUUACGCUUUGCUUCUGGUGCUGUUCUUUUCUCAACUUUGGAAGAUGGAACGGUGGUGAGAGGUCUUGCAGGAGUUCCAAAUGAAGGACCUGUCUUAAUUGUUGGCUAUCAUAAUCUAAUGGGGCUGGAACUGUAUUCUAUGGUUGAAGAAUUUUUGAGAGAAAAGAAAAUAAUGGUUCGUGGUUUAGCACAUCCAGAACUGUUGUUGGGGAAGAGCUCAGAUGAUUUUGACUUGCUCAAAGUAUUUGGUGCAGUACCAGUUACGGCAAGAUAUCUAUUCAAAUCACUUUCAUCAAAAUCACAUGUUCUCCUGUAUCCUGGUGGUGCACGUGAAGCUCUCCAUUACAAGGGUGAAGAAUACAAGUUAUUCUGGCCUGAUCAACCUGAAUUUGUCAGAAUGGCAGCACGUUUUGGAGCCACAAUUGUACCAUUUGCAGCUGUAGGAGCAGAUGACUUACUCGAAUUGGUUAUCGACUACAAUGACAUAAAGAAUAUCCCUGUGGUGGGCGACUAUUUCAUCAAUGCUAAUAAUGGUGCUGUAAAAUUGAGGGAGGAUACAAGUGGAGAAGUUGCCAAUCAAAACCUCUUUAUUCCAGGAGUUCUACCUAAGUUGCCAGGCCGUUAUUACCAUUUGUUUGGGAAACCAAUAGAAACAAAAGGAAGGGAAGAGAUCCUGAAAGACAAAGACAGUGCAAACAAAUUGUAUUUGGAGAUACAAUCUGAAAUUGAACAAAGUUUAGCAUACUUAAUCAAGAAGCGGGAGGAGGAUCCUUACAGGAAUAUUAUUGACAGAACAGUAUAUCGGGCACUAUAUUCCCCUCUAAAUGAAGUUCCAACAUUUGAACCUUGAAAUGGUUUUGAGUAAGUCUUGGUUUUCACAGUACAGUAGUACAAGUAUUUCCUGGGGACAAGGAUGAUGCUGCGGCCAAACAAGAUCAUUAUGUCUCUUGAUUCUGAAUCUUGAGUUGCAAACUAGCGAUGGAGUCUCAGCUGAUGCAUUGUCGCAUUGCCUCUGAACCUGCAAAUAUCAGACCAGUGCAUGCCCUUUACAAGGGAAAUGACCUUGGUGAUAUGUAUAUUUCACAGGUGAUAGUGAACUUUAGGGUAACGUCUAUACACGAUAGAAUUUAGAUGUUUCAACCCUAGGCUAUUUUAUACUGUUCAUAGCUUAAUAUGUACUGAGCAUCACAUAGAUGUACCAUGUACGACACUCGUAUCUAAUAGUUAUGCUACCUCUUGGAAAUCAUUAUAUGA